AUGCCGCGUCAAUCCGUUCCACACGCCUGGUAUGGGCCAGAUCCGGUGAUUCCACGACGAACACACAAAACAACGAGCCUCUACCACUCGGCACCAAGGAUAGUGUCAGCGGUUGUAAUCUUGUCCAUCACCGCCUCUGUACUCCUGACGGCGAUUUACAGCAUGAUGCGGCCCAAUGACUCCAACCAAAGCGUCAUCGUAUGUCUCGCCAUCCUUGUGGGCAUCGCACAAAACAGCAUGCUCCUCGGCUUUGUCCUCCAUAACUGCAUCGGCCUUCCGCCGAUCAGCAUCGGCGUAACGGUCUUCGCGUACUUUAUUUUAUGGAUAGUCUUGCAAACCUUCGGCUUUACCGGCAUCGACAUCGUGCGGCUGCACACUUGGCCGAGGCUCGUCAGGAACGUAUGCGCUAUCUGGAUGGUCCUGACGAUUUUGAAUAUAUGGUUAUUCCUGAUAGCCCUCUUUGUGGUUAUCGCAGAGCGGCAAAGGAUCCGGACAGUGACGAGAUUCAACGCGGCAAGACGGACAGAAGCGAGACUGGCGAUGGCGGUGACCCGAGACGCUCUAGACGUGGAGGCAGCUAGCUCUGUUCAGCCACCGCCGUACGUUCCUGUGAGGGAGACGAAGAACCAACAUGUUUGA